AUGUCUAAUACAAGUGAAUUAAACAAUAUUAUUCUUUCACUUAGUCAAUAUUUAGCAAUAUAUGUAUCAACACCUAUAGGUAUUUUAGGUUUAGCUGGAAAUAUUUUCAGUAUUUUAAUUUUUACACGUCCUUCACUUGUCAAAAAUCCAUGUUCAAUUUAUUUAUUGAGUUCAGCAAUUGCAAAUUUAGGUUUUAUUAUCUUUGGCAUAAUGGCACAUUUUCUUUCCCAAGGCUUCGGAAUUGAUCCUUCUACUUAUAAUUUAGCAUAUUGUCGAAUUCGCUAUUUUAUUCUUAAUAUAUCAUUAUUUCUCUCAAUAUGGUUUGUAACAUUAGCUGGUAUUGAUCGUUAUUGUGUUAGUUCUCGAAAUAUUCGUCGUCGGCAAUUAAGCAAUGUGAAAUAUGCACGUUAUAUAGUUGUUUUAACUACAUUGUUUUUUUUAGUUCUUUAUUGUCAUGAACUUGUUUUUUUUACAAUUGAACAACUCAGCACUGGUCCAUUUUGUUAUGCUCAAUCAGGCACUUAUAGAAUUUUUCAUGAUUUUCUUUAUUUUGUUGUAUAUUGUUUAAUACCGCCUAUAAUUAUGAUUAUUGUUGGAUUCGGAAUUGUUUAUAAUAUUCAUCAAGCUCGAGGACAGAUUCAUCCGUUAACAACAAAUAAUAUGAAUACUAAUCAAUUAAGAAAAAAUAAUCGACAAUUGGUUAAAAUGUUAUUGAUUCAAUUCAUUGUCACUGUUUCAUUAAUAUUACCUCUUGCAAUUGACAAACUAUAUUCAACAUGUACACAAAAUGUAAUAAAAAGUCUUUAUCGAUUGACAAUUGAAAAUUUUAUUCAACAAAUAUUGCAACUAUUUAUAAAUAUUAAUGGUAGUAUAAGUUUCUUCGUGUUCACUCUAUCUGGAAGUGUAUAUCGAAAAGAAAUGGGUCGAAUUAUUGGCAAAAUAAUUAGUUUUCUAUUUGGUACGAACAGUUCAAUACAUCAAAAAUUCCAAAGAUUUAUUCAUAUUACACCAAAUAUUCAAUUAAUAACUAUGAAACAAACAACAAUUUAA